AUGGGGGAGACCCCCUGCCCCGGGUGCCCCAUCUCCGGCCCCUGCUGCCUGGACGUUCAGGACACGAUCAUCCUCCUGGUGGCGCUCACCCUGCUGGUGCAGGUCGUCCUGAAGAUCGUGAUGGUGAUCUGCCGCCAGCUCUGGAGGCUGCUCACGGGGCUUGGAGGCAUUUUGGUGCCCAAGGCACCCCCAUCCCCGCUGCCCGACGCCACCAUCCGGAAGCCCCGCUGCCCGACGCACGACCCGAGCCCCAUCUCUCCCGGUGACCGGCGCUCCCCUCCCUGGGAGCUGCCCCUGCCUUGGCUCUGCCCCUGGAAACCUGUGCGGCUCACCAUGGACGUCAACCUGCACCAGGACCCACCCCAGCACGACCGUGAGCCCCCCCGGGGCCGCCCCGACGCCCUGGGGCCCUACCAUAACUGCACCUGCCCCCAGGCCGCGUCGGCCCCCUCUGCCCUGCCCCGCAAUGCCAGCCGCCCCAAGCCACGCCCGGCCACCAUCUCCCGCGGCACGGACGCCCGCCCGGUGCCCGGGCUCCGGUUCCACCCCACCAGCCGGGAGGAGCUGGCCUUGUCGGGGGCCAAAUCCCAGCGCCAGCGGCCCACCAAGGUCUACAUCUACCCGGUCCACCCGGAGACGCCUCCUGGCAGUCGCGACCCAUCGCCCGGGCGCCGGGAGCUGCGCUGGCAGGAUAGUGCGGGGAGGCCAGCAGGGGGCGCCAGGCAGAGCCGGGACCCAGCCACCGACACGACCGAGGAGGGGGCGGCGGAGAAGCCGGCGCUACCCGGUGGCCACGCCCGGUAUUUCAAAGUGCAGGAGCCUUCCAUGCAGGACUGGGUCUACCGGCCCAUCAAGGAGCCCCAGUGGAACUGGAACCAAGUGGGCUAAAGUGGGGAGCCUGCUCUCCCCCCCGCCCCAGCUUGGAAAAUAAAGAGUAAAGCCACAUAGCAUUGGUGGGUGCCUGGCCCAGCCCCCACUCUAACCACUCAAACCCACUCCCCUCCCAGAGCCGGGGAGAGAACCCAGGAGUCCUGGCUCCCAGCACCCCUGCUCUAACCCACCAGUCCGCACUCCCCUCCCAGAGCUGGGAGAGAACCCAGGAGUCCUGCCUGCAAAUCUCAUGCCACUGGGAUGAAUGGGCACUCACAAAUCAAGCCACCAUGGGAAUGUACGAGGAGGGGGGAUGGGGGCUGUGACAUCAGCGAGCAGUGUCUUCAGGGUUGGGGGGAGAUACCAAAGAACUACAGCUCCCAGCAUGCUUUGCGGGAUGGUUUUUCUCCUGAAGAAACUACAGCUCCCAGGUUGCCUAUAGCUCAGAAUUGCCUCUGGUUUCAGUGUUUCAUUUUAAUGCACAUGGGGCCCCGCAAAAUGUUUUCUUCCCAAAGGGACCCUACAGUGAUACCGAUGGGGGCCGAUGGCCGGCUGGCGGCUGAGACGGGGACCUACACUUCCAAGAGUGCACUGGGCAAGGGAUAGUGGCAGGACUACAAUCCCCAGGAGGCAAUGGGGGUAUUGACAGGAUUACAGUUCUCAGGGUGCAGUCAGGGUAUUCGCAGGACUACAAUUCCCAGGGUGCACUGGGGUUACUGGCAGGACCACAAUUCCCAGGGUGCAUGGGGGAGUGGCAGGACUACAAUUCCCAGGGUGCACUGGGGUAAUGGCAGGACUACAAUUCCCAGGGUGCACUGGGGUAAUGGCAGGACUACAAUUCGCAGGGUGCAUGGGGGAAGUGGCAGGACUACAAUUCCCAGGGCGCAUUGGGGGAGCAGCAGGACUACAAUUCCCAGGGUGCAUUGUGGGUAUUGGCAGGACGAC